GGCUACACAAGCGUUUUUACCAAAACAAGUUGCGUGCUUGUACCGACUCGAGCGUAACUGGAGGAGUUCAGAGAAAACUUGAAGAAGAAGAAGAAGAAGAAGAAGAAGAAGUGAGCGAAUGGACCCACAAACACGAAACUAAGCUGACAACAGAGACACGACCGGGGCCUCAGGUCUGCUGUUAGAGGUGGUUGACGAUGGACCCCAACAGUGAGUCAAGGAAGACGGGCAACCCCUCCUCUGAGACUCGGAAACUGGACCCACCUGUAGGCUCAGGCUGCAGCUGGCUGGUGGUGGUGGCAGCUGUAGCAGCCUCUCUGAGUGGCCUGAUGCUGGGCUAUGAAAUGGGCCUGACCUCUGGAGUCCUGCUGCAGCUGCGUGGCCUCCUCUCCCUCUCCUGCCGGGAACAGGAACUGCUGGUCAGCUCCCACCUGUUCGGCGCUCUCCUCAUGUGUCUUGCCGGAGGUCCUAUUCUGGAUCGCUAUGGCCGUCGCUGCUCUUUGCUCCUGAGCGCCGGCCUGGUGGUCGGAGGGAGCAUCGUGCUCAUCGCCGUCACCUCACUUAUUGCACUCACGCUGGGCCGGGUGAUAGUUGGCAUGGGGACGGCGCUGUCAGGGACAGGAGCGUGUCUUUACAUUGCGGAGAUCUCGCCGAGGGAGAGGAGGGGUCUGCUGGUGACGCUGUACGAGCUGAUGUUGGUUGUUGGGGUAAUGCUGGGAUUCAGCUGUAGUUACGCCUUUGCUACUCUGCCGCAUGGCUGGGCUUAUACAUUUGGACUAGUAAUCCCCCCAGCACUGGUGCAGAUUGGUGUACUUGUGUUCCUCCCGCCCAGUCCACGCUUCCUGGUUGCACAAAGACAGGUGGAGCAGGCCAGGAAAGUGCUGGCCAGAAUGAGAGGUGGCGCUCAGGAGCAUGUGGAGCAGGAGCUCAGAGACAUCCAGGCAGGACUCAAAGAAGAAUCAGAGCACAGUUUCUGGGAGUUGUUCAGCACCAAGGCCAACUUGCGUUCACGGCUGCUAACAGGCGUGGCUUUAGUCUUCCUUCAGCAGGCUACUGGUCAGCCCAACAUCCUCUCCUAUGCUUCACCACUUCUUCGCAGUGUUGGCUUCAACAGUGACGCCGCGGCAACCUUGGCCUCCACAGGGUUUGGAGUGGUCAAAGUAGUCGGCACCAUCCCAGCAGUGUUGCUGGUCGACCGCGUGGGACCCAAGAGCUUUUUGUGCGUGGGUGCUGUCGCAAUGGGAUUGUCGUUAGUUGCACUCGGUACUUUGACACUGCAAAGCCACACUCAUCUCACGAGCCUGUGUAAAAGUCAGACUAUAUUAAACCACACGCAUACGGCGUGGGAUUUAAACAGAACCGCUAUAGACUUUGACGACAGUGACAUUUUUUCCACUCACCUCCCUGGCCAGUGGAAAAGCGAGGAGGCACAGGGGACUAACGGAGAGGAUGAGGAAAGAGGAAAGACUUACUUAGAAGUGUCUUCCUCGCUGAAGAUGGCAUCACUGAUCAGCUUGCUGGUGUAUGUGGCGGCCUUCUCCAUUAGCCUUGGACCAAUGGUGUAUGUGGUUCUCAGUGAGAUCUUUCCAAUGGGAGUCAGAGGCAGGGCUGUGUCUGUAGUGUCGGCUGUAAACUGGGCCACCAACCUGCUCAUCUCCAUGACCUUCCUCACAAUUACAGAAAAGAUUGGCGUCCCCAAUGUGAUGUUCCUCUACUCUGCCAUGAGCUUUGUUCUACUGGUGUUUGUCAUCCUCUGUAUCCCUGAGACCAAAGGUCGCACACUGGAGGAGAUAUCAAAAGAACUGGCUAAGAAGAAGCAUUUUGAGGUGAGGCUCUGUAGGCAGGUCCAGCCUCAGGAGAGCCUGAUCAACAGCAGCAGCACAUCCACAGAGAUCCCAGUAAACGCCUGACUUCUUUAACAGGCCACAACUGUACACCUCAGCUGACGGAAGGUCAAGAGCACUGUUAAGAAUUUGGGGGCACAACUCGUACAUCUCACCCACAUCUUUGUGGUUCCAGCUGGUUACUAUACUAUAAUAACGUCUGUGUCAUAUAAUUCCUUUUAGCUCCAUGCUGUAUGUAAAUGGAUUUGUGAAUGUUCUCAAAGGAAGAUAGCUCAGGGUUCUCUCUUGCUUGUUAAAGGGCAGUAAAGAAUGGUCAACAAUGAGGAGUGAGUAUGUGAUUAUAUUAGAUAUAUAUAAUAUUUAUUUAAUUCCUUUUUUGUUUACCUCUUCCCUAUUUACAAAAACAGCUCCAAUAAUGCAAAAAGGGACAUUUCCCUUCACUCCAGGACUAAAUGGACUCGCCACCAGCCAGUAUAACUGAUGAAAAGUGCUGAAACUGUACUGCUAGUUCUUUAUUUUUUUUUUUAUUAUUUUGCCUGAACAUUUACAAAAGAUUGUCUCUUUUGGAUAAUCAUGGAGAAAUCAAAGAUGUACUAAAAAAAAAAAAUCUGAUUUUGUAACCCGCAUUGGUUUUUUGCUGGUGUGCGAAUUCCUAAAACUUUAUUUAUAUGCUGCUUAUGGUCAUAUGUAAUGUAAUAACACUCAAACCAGUCAUACCAGUGUCGAUACACAGAAAUGUGUAAUGUGUGGCAUCACAGUAGUUUUAGGAAGAGCUUGGUGUCUUCUCCUUCACAUUUUAUGGGAACAAGAAAAUAAUAUAUCAACAGUCUCAGCUCACGCUCAUAUGAUAAUAAAAUUGAACUCAUCAGGUCUAGAGGUAAUAUCGGGUAGGUAAUAUGACAAAUAGUACUGCUGUAGUGUGUGAGAUGUGAUGAAACAGUGUUUGUUUUUUUUGUUUUUUAAACUUGUGUCUGUGAUGCUAAAAUUAUAUUGAGUUGAUUACCACGUUGAAUGUUGAAAGAAUGACUCAUGUGGACCUGUUCACAAUUAAAAGUUGCACAUUUUUAAAUCUUUGAUACACAUCCUGUGCAUGUAUUUGUAAAGUCUGUGACACUGAAGAUCUUCAGAGAACCAUUUUUAUAUUGUAAUGUGCUUCAUCAGGACGUGCAACAAAGUGAAAUGAGAGUAAAAACAUGAUAAUCGUGUGGUGGCCUCUUUUAGCAUUGACCUUUAUUUUUAUACAAAAUACAAAAAUUCCGAACAAGCGUCACAAAUCUUCAGUUGACACUGGUUCAAAAAGUCCAUCCUACAUACUUUAAGACAACAUGUCAAACUUUUUGUCAACAUCUUUUCCAUCAGAGGACUUUAUUAUAUACAUAGAUAUAGAUUACCCUUCACUGAGUUCCUGAUAAAAACACUCACUGUUGUUUUUUGUUGUUAAACUGAAUGAUAUUCUACCAAGUUUUUUUUUUUCAGACAAUUCAGGUACUGGUUAAUGCUGCAAGCGUGGCCUCUUUGAAUGAAUGAACACUGUUCAUGGUCUAACGUCGCUUCGAAAACUCACACGCAUGAUAUCGCCAAACGUCAUGGCCGGUGACGACGAGAAGUGCACUGCCACACAACUUUUGAGUGGCUUGCUUUUGCAAUUAUGAGUUCUUCACUUGAACAUUUACAACCCAUCUGUUUCUGUUUGUCCCGUGCAUUUACAGUGCAGUUUUAACAGUGUUUUAAAGUCAUCCGCCUGCUAAACAGCUCAUUUUGAAUAUCUGGGACUAACCAGUAGUGUCAAAUGAAAGUGAAUGAGGGGGGUCUAUAGCUCAACAA